ACAGUAGUUACAUCCUAUCGUUACUAGGUAUGUAUUCUGUUCGGAGGCAGAACGACACAAGAAAUGUGAUGGACUUUGACUUCAUGAUAAGACGUCGACUGAAAAUCAGUUGUGGCAUUUUAGAGUUUCUACUCGCUAACGACUCCGCGAUGUGAGUUAAACUCAAUUGUGCCAUUUAUUAAAUAUCGCAGUUAUUUUUUUUUAAUGUCUGAGGUCCCUUCGAGGACAAACCAUUAAACUGAACUGUAGCACGUUUCGACCUUGAUAGAAGAUUAGUGAUAACAGAGAAGGGGCAGAAGAAAGUCACCGGGCUGAGGUCAUGCCACGUCUUGACAUUCCAAGAGAACGUAUCACUUGGACCUCCAUUUCCCUGAGCUCAGCUAAUCACCAUAAAGAGCCGAUAAUUUAAAAAUCAUUGACUUGGAAAUAAUGGACUCGGGAGAAUCCUCUGAGAUGGGACGUUCGCAUCAAUCUCUGCUGUUCGCUUUCACAUCUGGAGAAAUAGAAUCUAUUUUAAGAGAAGCUCGUGGCUAUUGCUAUCGAAGAUGCCUAGAUGCGGAUAAUUUCGGCCUGCUUACGCACGUGCGUACGCUUUGAAGCGCAUUCCGCGUGCACAAUUAGUUCCUCCGGAGAGGUGCGCAGCCGGAGCUUUGGAACACGUCUGCAAAUACUCGAGUAACACUUGUGCGAGGGCUCAACUCACACAGUGGACUUUUCCUUACACUGACAGGCCUUUUCUUGCAUCAAGUACUCUACAAAUAGAGAUUACCUCUCUCUUCGAUCCACUUGUCACAUGUCAUAUCGUACCAGAUAUUCUAAUAUACUCUUUUUACAUACCUGUAUGUUACGUUAGAGUGGUAGAUUGGUUACAUAUUAUCCCCCGCAUGUUAGUUCCAUUGAACUGCAUUAAACUUUUAAAUGAACAUAUUGAAUAUAUCUAGAAAUUCUUACCAUCUUGUCACUCUUCUCUGUGUUGUAAUUUUCUUCGAUAUUGUUACACACUCAUGUCUGCAUAUGUGGAGCCUCUUCCUUCUCUCUCUGCCGUGCGCGCUCGCGAUACGUCGCGCCGUGUUCGUCGGCGGCGCUAGUGUAGCUGCGCGGAGCAGCUCGCGUCGUUUUUGGAGCCCGUAGCCGGUUGCCUUUGCAGCAUACACACAGUGCGGUCCACGUGCGACGGAUUCCACGAUCCUCGAUGAUACGCUCACAAUCCCUGUUACUGCCUCUACUGGCUGCAGUCGGAGCAGUGGUAGUAACUGGCCUGGCGAUUAAGUACUUCUUCUCUCGGAAAGAUAAGUCGAAGAAGUCACCCAUUUUACUAGAGGAUCCCGUUACAAAGUACAGCUUGCCACUGAUUCAGAAAGACGUUAUUAACCAUGACACUAGGAAGUUUCGCUUUGGUCUUCCUACGAAGGAACAUGUGUUGGGUCUACCUACAGGUCAACACGUGCACCUUGUCGCAAAGGUCGGGGACGAAGUGGUUAUACGAUCCUACACUCCAGUUUCGAGGAACGUGGACAAAGGAUACGUAGAUUUAGUGAUUAAGGUGUACUUUAAAAAUGUGCAUCCAAAAUUCCCGGAAGGAGGAAAAAUGUCUCAGUACCUUGAAAGCCUUAAAAUAGGGGAAACCAUAGAUUUUCGAGGACCCUCUGGCCGACUGAUAUACAAAGGGAAUGGGACCUUUGCCAUAAAGUUACUCAGGAAAGACCCUCCCGUGGAGUAUCACAUGAAAAAGGUGGUAAUGAUAGCCGGGGGAACUGGCAUCACUCCCAUGCUGCAGCUCAUUAGAGAAAUAAUAUGUGACCCGAGUGAUCACACCAAAGUGUCGUUGCUUUUCGCCAACCAAACGGAAAAAGACAUUUUAUUAAGAGACGAACUCGAAGACAUCAGCCGUAAGCAUUCUGACCAGGUGAAACUAUGGUACACCGUGGACACCAGUAGCGAAGGUUGGAAAUAUAGCACCGGCUAUGUAACCGCUGACAUGAUCUCAGAGCACAUGUUUCCUCCGUCCUCAGACACAAUUGUACUCAUGUGCGGUCCUGCCCCCAUGAUCAAUUUUGCCUGUAAUCCUAACUUGGACAAGCUCGGAUAUGACUCUAAACUUAGAUUCGCGUAUUGAUGUCCGCCUUCCACUUUCCCCGAUACGCUUUACGUAGAGACGUUGAAUGAAGAAUAUAUGUACAAAUGUCGUUAACAUCACAGUUGACCAGCAAAA